AUGGACUCGUUCGAAAACCACGGGCUCGAUGAAGACGCAUUCAGCGACAAGGGGCUGUCUGGUCUGCGCACCUUUGAUGCAUUCCCAAAAACGAAACCAACCUAUACGGCUUCGACGGCGCACGGCGGGCAGUGGACGCUGGCCAUCAUCAUCCUCUGCACAUGCCUCACCUUCUCGGAGCUACGAACAUGGUGGACAGGCACCGAAACGCACCACUUUUCCGUUGAGCGCGGCGUCGGGCACGAGCUCCAGCUGAACCUCGAUGUGGUGGUGGCGAUGCCCUGCGCCGACCUCCACGUCAACGUGCAGGACGCGGCCAUGGACCGCAUCAUGGCAGGCGAUCUCCUGACGAAGGAAGAGACGAAUUUCGGAGUGUGGACAGACUCGGACCGGCGCAACAAGCGGCGGCGGCAGCGUCGACAGCACCGCCUGCAAGACUCCAAGGCGGACAACGAGCGCAAGAGGGCUGAGGAGGAGGACUCGCACGUCUCGCACGUCCUGGGCCACAUGAGAGAGAACCCCGGGCGCAAGUUCGCGCGGUCUCCCCGCGUGCCACGGGGCGCGCCCACGGACGCGUGCAGGAUCUACGGCAGCCUCGAGGGCAACAAGGUCCAGGGGGACUUCCACAUCACGGCGCGCGGGCACGGGUACAUGGAGUUCGGGAUGCGGGAGCACCUCGACCACGCGACGUUCAACUUCUCGCACCACAUCAACGAGCUCAGCUUCGGCCCGCACUACCCUGGCAUCCUCAACCCGCUGGACAAGACCGGCGACACGGCCGACGUGCACUUCAUGCGCUACCAGUACUACCUGAGCGUCGUGCCGACCAUCUUCACCAAGCGUCGUGUGAGCACCAAGAACGGCAUUCUCGAUCCCGCCGCCAUCCCGCAGCCCGUGACGCUGGAUAUGAGCCCGGACCUGCAACCCAACGACAACGACAACAACAACAAAAGAAGGAAAAAGAACGGGAAUGGUCCCGUCAAGCACAAAGUCAACCCGGACAAGGGCCGCGACAAAAAGAGCGUCUUCACGAACCAGUACGCCGCCACGAGCCAGAGCCGCGAAGUCCCCAGCAACACCGUCCCGGGUCUUUUCUUCAAGUACGACAUGGAGCCGAUCCUGUUGAUCGUCAGCGAGAGCCGGACCAGUCUUCUCGGCCUGCUGGUGAGGCUGGUCAACGUCAUCAGCGGCGUCAUCGUCGGCGGAGGCUGGAUGUUCCAGUUGACGGAGUGGGCCACCGAGGUCUGGAGCAGGCGUCGCAGACGGAGAGACACGGGCAUGAUCGGUGUGAUCAACGGCGAUGUGAACGGCGAUUUGGACCACAAGCUGUAA